UUUAUAUGUUUCGCUCAUGGUUAAAUAAGUGCAAAUGUUUCCCAAAGCUGUACAUUCCUCUCUUUCUCAGGACGAGGAGUUACAGCAUGCCAAGGAGGAGCAGGAGCGGAAGGAGGAGGAGGAGUACCUGCGGCUGAAGGAGUCUUUUGUGAUCGAGGAUCAGGGAGAAGCAGAGGAGCUCAGCGAGCAAGAGUCUCGCAACCUGCUGCAGGAGUUCAUCCAGUAUGUCGAGGUAACACAUGCAUUCAGAUUUAAAGCUGCGGCGUUCAUAUUUGUGAGCGCAAGCAACAAUGUCAGCUUGAGCAGAACUAUGACUAAUAUAAUCUCAUGUGUUUGUGCAGGAGUGAUCGAUGACCGAGGGAAGUUUAUUUUCAUCACGCCGGAGGAGCUGAACGCUGUGGCUCAGUUCGUGAAGAAGAGAGGAAGAGUCUCCAUCUCAGAACUCGUUCAAGCCAGCAACACCCUCAUAAACCUCACGCCUGAGCUCCAGAGCAGCGCAUGAACCUCCUGGAGGAGCCCAGAAUGCUGUUUCCAUCGCGAGGACUUGUAAAUAAAGCGGGAUGCAUACUAUCAUUUACAGUCUAUGUCAUGUCAGAACCAGCGUACAGCGCUCAUUUCCUAAUCUAAUUUCCCUUACGUCACUCUAUAAGCAUCAUUUACCGUAGAUACAGCCAUGUCUGCUGUCAUCUCAAUCACUUCAUGAAAUAGCUGGAGGCUAAUACAGACGACUCGUUUUCAGAGGCAGAGAAGGAGAUUUUAUGUUGUUAUUGUUAUACACACACACACACACACACUUUAAACAGGAUUCCCUCAGUCGUGCUUUGGAUAAAAGUGUCUGCUAAAUGCUUAAAUGUAUGUUUUUCUAGUAAUAUUCAGCUCUGCAGUAUAUCAUUGCAUAGAAAUGCUGUAAUAGUUCUUAAAAGAUUUGUAGAACAGCUUAUCUGGUCAUUUAAAACAACUCAAAAAGUCAUGGAUAUUUGGUCAGAAACUGUGUUUUCCUCUCGCUCCUCACUGCCGUCAAAUAAAAUGGCAAAAAGCAUAAAAAACAAGUGACACUUUAAACAGGGCUUUUAUUGCUUCUUUUCUCAUUUUACUUGUUUUUCUUAAUCUAGCUGGUCUUUAUUUUAGUUCUACCCAGCGUGUUCCUGAGAGAGACCGAGCGUGUAUAUGGGAGCACAGUGUUAUUCCUGCCAGGGUUUAUAAUAGUGUGCUGGUUGUUCGUCAUUUGGUUGAUUUUCAUUUUGCACUGAUUAUUUUAAUUUUUUGGUUUUAAAGAUGUAGCCUACAGAUAUAGCCAGAGGAACAUUACGAUAAACAGUAAAACAUAAAUAGAAAUAAAAAAGUUGAAUAAAAACAUAAAAUUGUUUACAAAAAUUAACAUCUUUUUGUUCAAACAUACUGUAGUUUUCAGGUAUUGCUGUACUACCAAAUUCAAAACAAAGGCUUAUUUCCCCAUAUUUACAUCUAUACUAACUUCAGCUAAUAUAAAAGUAGCCUAUUAAUUAAAUAAUGCAUAUCGUAAGUGGAAAAAUGAAUGAAAUCUUCUCGAUACAGUUGAAAGCUGGGCAUGAUGUGAUUCUUAAUGAGACUAAAAAGAGACAAAUCGUGUAAACCACAAAAUGCAACAAUGUCACAAUUAAAUCAGAUUUUAUUUGAUUUUGUUUGUGAUUAUUUAUGAGGUAGUGUACACACA